UAUCAUUAACUAAUAACUUAAAAGGCACUUAUAACUGAACGUUAUUAUAAAGUGUUACAGUGUUGUUUAUAUUAUUAUUCUUUGGUGACUUACAUCUUUUUUUUCUCACAGAGUUUUGGAGUUCUAGAGUCCUACAUGUGGCUGUGCAGAGAUUGUGGCUCGUCUCACAUAUCUAGAUCAAAACUUCUAAAACACUUCAGGUUGGUACAUGGACAAUAUGGCCACAGACACGCAUAUCCAUGCGCAUAUUCUUACUGUCCAUGCACUUUUAAAACCUGGAAUGCACUGCGGUCCCACUUAUGCAGAUCACAUGGUAGUGAGCAGCAACCUCAAAAGCAAAAUUCUAGCGAAAGUACAAAGAUAAAUUGUCAUGUUUGUGGUGUUACUGACAUUCCUUCAGUAAAUGAUUACAUUCUCCACAUAAAUAAGCAUUUGCGCAGUCAUGAGACAGUAAGUUGUAUGUUUAAGGACUGCUCGUUUAAAUCAAAUGUGUAUAGCACAUUCAAAUCACAUAAGAGGCAAAAACAUUGUCAGUGUUCGUUGACUGAUUUUAAGGAAGGAAUAGUGAAAACACAAGAGGUAAGGGGAUUAUCUGAUGACACUUUUUCAAACGAAGAAAUCAAUACAUCUACGUUAGAGGAGGAUUCCAGUUGUAUUGAUACAGGAGAGGUUCCAGAGAACUUGCCAAAGUUGGUAGAGCUUAAAUUUGCUUCUUUGCUGUUGAAGCCGGAGAAUCACUAUCAUGUCCCAGGCACAGCUGUCGAUGAGUUGUUGGAGGACUUGCAUUAUUUACUGAGUGAUGCUUCUUUCCCUUUGUCAUACAGAAUUAUUGUAGACACCUUACAAAAGCACAGGAUUGACAAUGAUGAGUUUCUAGUCAAAGACCUUGUUACAUCUUUAAGUACAGCAAAUCCUUUACUCACUGCAAUAAAGCAUGGUGGUCCACUAGCCUCUGCAUUUAAGCGUAAAGAAUAUUACAGUGAAAAUUUUAAAGUUGUACAUUCCGUGGAGUAUGUUCUUGAGGCCAAGGGAAACAUAAUUGUUCAAUAUGUUCCCAUACUUGAGUCUUUACAGAAUCUACUUGGUCAGAAUGACCUACUAGACAAAGUGGUCGAAAGUCACAGUUCUCAACAGUUAAGAAGAGAUGUCCAUCAGUACAGGUCAAUUCAGGAUGGUCAGUUUUUUAAAGCAAAUAAUUUCUUCUCAGAUGAGUUGAGGAUAUAUGUGUGCUUAUAUGUCGAUGACUUUGAAAUUUGCAACCCUCUCGGGACAUCAAGAAAGAAGCACAAGAUAUGUGCAAUCUACUGGAUUUUGGGUAAUGUGCCAUCCAUGUUUCAGUCAACUUUGUCUUCAAAAACAGAAGACGUGAUAACAUACGGAUUUGAGAAAAUCUUGCGACCUCUUUUGCAAGAUCUCCAAACUUUGGAACAGCAAGAAAAGUUUGACAGGAUGGGUACCCCAGCCAAACUUCUAGUAAUCUUGGGAGAAAAUAAUUGUGAAAGGUUAAAUCUCCCAACUGGUAUACCAAACUCGUUGAAUGACCUUAAAAGAGAAAUCCAAACACAACUGAGAGUGCUUGAAGAUUUUCGACUUCAAUUCAAAGAUCCGGACUUUAAUGAUUUUGUCAACCUCACUUCAACUUCAGACAUACAGGAUAAAGCUACACUCAAGGUCAUUCAGUUGCCUUCAUCUACAAGUUUCCCAACUACUUCAUCUGUGCCAGAAAUAAUCUCAUCCUCACAGUCUCUUUACUUUCAACUCCAGAAUCUGUGUCCUCAGUUAGAAGUCAGGCAUGGCCUGAACGUUUCCCAAUACCACAGUUUAGUUUUGAUGCUGAGAUUCAACUGCAAAAAGCUCAACUUGCUUAUCAGACUGAUGGUACUGUCCUGAGCCCCAAUGCCAAGCUGAAGUCUGAUAUCAGUUUAACACGUAGGCUUUCGCGACCAAUAUUAUUCAUAAUAAAGG